GAGAAUUGUUAAUGGAGUUCCACUCAUUGAUUAAGAUGAGCAAUCGGUGCGCUUAUUAACGCGAUUGAAACCAUACAGAUUAGAACCCAAAAUAACUCAUUUUACUAGGGGUACAACGACGACCUCUACUCGGGAAAACCCGGCAACUCCCACAUUCGGAGACAUAAAACAGAACAGAUAUGGCGCACACGAAGCCUUCACAGCUUUGUGUUCGACUGCCUAUAACCAUUAACGACGCUCUUAUGGGCAUGUCGAACCGCCCAAAGACUACAGACUCUAAACAAACGAGAAAAGACACUGACAUCACUAGACCAGACACAACAACACAACACAAGUCCUGCAAAGCAUUAACCAAAGACAGACAGGGGAACCUGCAUAAAAAAACCAUCACAGCUUGUUGUUGUACCAGAACACGCCUUUGCUCUGCUCGCCUUCAUCCGGCUCAACAUAGACACACUCCUUGGCCUCCCUCCACAUCGCUUUGAUAAACGGGGUCCCAUCGAACUGAUAGUACUCACCCAGUAUCGGCUUGAUCGCCUUGGUAGCCUCCAUCGCAUGGUAGUGAGGCAUCGUCGAGAACAGAUGGUGCGCCACGUGGGUGUCGGUGAUGUUAUGGAACACCGUGUUCAGGAACCCGUAGUCUCUGUCCAUGGUCGCCAGAGCUCCUCUCAACCAAUCCCACUCCUUGGUAUCAUAGUGCGGCAACGAUGGGUGAGUGUGCUGCAGGAAUGUGAUCAGCACAAGGAAUCCAU